AUGUCGACCCGUCAGCGCGCGGGCGUCCCGCGCGCCUUCUCGUUCGGCCCUCCUCCAACUGCUCGCCCACCUGCAAGGAACCCGCACCGCCGCACGAUGCGCUGGUGGAACACUCCUGCAACCGCUCGUCCGCCGUCAAAGUACCCGCACCGACGCCCGAUCCGCUGGUGGAACGUCGUCACCACCAUCGCCAACUACUGCCUCUUGCUCUUCACCCUCUUCGUCCUCCUCGUCGGCCUCGUCGACAUUGGCCACUCGUUCAUCUACUCGAACCGGGCCUCAAAGGUCGCAGACCUGAGCAUCACCUUCGGCACGUACGCCGGCGUCAUCAUCUUCGGCCUCAUCCUCGUCAUCACGCGUGCCGUCGCCAACAAGCGCGCCAUCAUCGCCAUCCCCAAGGGCUACCUCCCGACCAAGUCGACCGACGUUCCCAAGAAAGCGAGCGAGCUCAUCCAGAACGAGUACGAGCGCGCGUGCAUCAUCACCAAGGUGGCGCAGCCGAGCGGGCGCAACCAGGCCGGUUGGGGGCGACCAGGGACGAGCUGCGAGGACGUCAACUUCCGCUCGGCCAUCCUCGCGACAAUUCCGGCCUUGCGUGCCGCCCUCUUGCCCCUUUACCCGGCCCUCCUCGCCGCCUACCCGUCGAGCAACCCUCGUUCGGCACCCCUGUCCCCCCUCGCGCCGCUCCUCGCCCUCCCUUCCUCCGCCUCGCCUCUCCCCGACGCGCUGCGCCCGCUCGCCGACCUGUACGAGUCGCACCUCGUCCGCGCCCGUUACGCCAAGCCUGAGCCGACAGAGCGCGACUGGGCAGAGUGCACCAAGGCGGUCGCUGUCUUUGUCGGCGUGCUGAGCGGGCUCGAGAGGAGGGUCGGGGCCUGA